CCAAUAUUCACACCAUUUUUCCUAUAUAACCCUUUCACACUGACUCACUCUUUUUUACAGCACAACCAAAUUAAGCCAAGUGAAAUAGUGAGAGAGAGAGAGAGAGCGAGAGAGUCAUGGAAGUUAAAAGAGUGAGAACACAGCAGCCAAAGAAGAAUUUGUGGAAGCCAGAGGAGGAUUUGAUUUUGAAAAAUUAUGUGGAAGCUCAUGGUGAAGGCAACUGGGCUACUGUCUCUGAGAGAUCAGGUUUGAAGAGGGGUGGGAAGAGUUGCAGGCUUAGAUGGAAGAAUUACCUGAGACCUAACAUUAAACGUGGGGAGAUGUCAAAAGAGGAAGAAGACCUAAUCAUUCGAAUGCAUAAGCUUCUUGGAAACAGGUGGUCAUUGAUUGCUGGUCGGCUUCCUGGUCGAACGGACAAUGAAGUGAAGAACUACUGGAAUACCCAUUUGAACAAGAAAUGCCUUUUAGGCAAAAGAAAAGCCAUGGACUCAAGCCACCACCAUCACGAGGAAAAGGAGGGGAACAUUAAGAAGAAGAAAAAAUUGUGUCAGGCUGAGGCGAAUGGAAGCCCAAAUAUGACAAUCAGCCCCACAAAACAAUGUUUGGAUGGGAGGAAAGUAGAUGAGAAAGAGAAGGAGAGCACAACUUCAAACCCUUGGAAGGAUGAGAGAAACAGCUUCAACUGCAGCAGUAUCGACUUGGAGUACCCAAUAAUGGGAGGAAACAAUAAUGCAGCUUUGGUGUUUGAUGAUGAGCCUCUGAUAGCUUACUUGGAUUCUUUUGUCCUGUUUGAAGCAUUUGGAUGGGAAGGAGAGGAGGCGUAUGCAGAGAUGCAAUCGGUGAUAGAGACUAGAGUGAGUAGUGCAGACAGGACCCACGUAACAAAAGAGAAUCUCCAUACUUUGUGGUAGUACUAGUAGUAGUGAGUGCCAGGAGUUGUAGCACUACAACUACAAUAGUCGCUGUGCCAUGUGCUUUUCCCUGCACUACAGGUACUGUUGAAGGUGCACUAGUACUACUGGCAGUAUCACAUAUUGUAUGCAUGUUAAUUGUAAUGCCCCAAAUAUAUGUUCUUUUCAAA